AUGGCUGGACCGACCAAACGUUCCGCCUCCUCAACCUCCAAUAUCCCAUCCCCGCCUUCCCCCAAGCGGCCCAGGACUGAGCAUCACAACACCGGUCUCGCGCGUCCUGUACAAGAGACAUCAAUCUUUGACUCGUGUGUCGGGCUCUUCAGAGAGUACUUCUCAAGUAUGGGCCGGAAUGCACACCCUCAACAACAGCCUACGGUGCGCCGCCCGCUGGCACUAGAUGCAAUGGGACCUCCCCCCAUGCGUGGACUGGAACCCAACCCCGGAGGCUCACUAGCCCUAUUUGGCAGCACGUUUACACCACGCGGCACGUCGUCCGGCACCACUUCGUCACAGCCCAUCGUCAUUGCCGAUGACGACGGUGAAGACCCUCAGGCGAUGAGACGCCAUGAAGAGCAGGUGAACAGGCGGAAUCAAGCUCGCCAACAUCUCAACGACCAUGUACCGCAGUCCACUAUUCUGAAGCUCUUCCCUUCAAAGUUUGACCCUCCACCCGCCUCGUCGUCUAGCUCGUCCACUCAAGUCAACGGAGUUGCAAAGCCUCCUCCCCAGACGCCCCACAACGAGCCUGGUCCGUCAAGGCCCCGACUUCCGCAGCGCCCAAUAGUCGAAUUUAAAAAGCCGCCAAGGGCCUACAACUGGACUGGACAUCGGUCGGUAUCUCCCUCGUCGUCGAGCACCGACUCUACUGCCUCAGGAAAGGUUCGCCGGGUCAACAGCCAGAGCAAUCUCCGCAGCCGAGAUGGCAGUGCACAACAGAGGAUGAUAUACAAACGCUAUCAAAAUCUCCAGGCUGAAAACUCGCCCAACGCUCCAGUCUUUGGACGGGUUUUAGACGAUCUCAACGAGGCAACGAGGAAGAAGGAGCGUGCGGCCAAAAGAGAUACCCGUACAUCUCUGUCGGGACUUGCCUUUCACCAACAAAAGAGUCCAAGCAAACCCAUCGAUCAUGUGGCAAAAUCCUUUGGCCAGAUCCAGCUGGACCGUCGCCGCCACCUGGACGAGCUUGUCGUUCCUACUCCACCAAAGCCAGCAGUUGCACCGAUCAAGCCUCGUCCUCGGCCCACUCUUGAUUUCAAGGCCUACAGCAGCGAGUUUGUUGAAAAGCUCGAAAAGCAAAGGAAGGAGGAGGCCAGGCGCGCAAAGGAGAAGAUGCGUCCCAGGAUCCCAAAGCAUCUGUUGGACGAGCAAGAGGAACUGGUGGACGACCGUCUGCGUGACCGUACAUUCGAAGUCACGAUUGGCAGUGCACCAGUAGAGGCUUCUUCGCUGCAGCGUCUCAAGCCCGAGACUUGGCUCAACGAUGAGAUUGUCAACGCGUAUGCGGAACUGCUCAACGCGCGCUACAAAGCGGCCGGUCGCAAGGUGCACUGCAUGAACAGCUUUUUUUAUCAAAAGCUGUCCGAGCAGGGUUACGAAAAGGCGAACCUCAAGCGCUGGACCAAGAGGGCCAAGGUGGACAUCUUUGAGCUGGAUCAAUUCCUGGUUCCCAUCAACGUCAGCAAUGCCCACUGGGUGUGUGCCAGUGUCAACUUUGCCAAGAAGCGCAUUGAGUAUUUCGACUCGCUUAAUGAUUCGGGCAACCGUCACAAGGCGUUUGACUACCUUCGCAAGUAUCUGCAGGCAGAGUACAAGGAGAAGAAAGGUGGCACGUUUGACCUUUCCGACUGGGUUGAUUACUACGACCCCAACACGCCCAAGCAGAACAACUCGUGCGACUGCGGUGUGUUUGCAUGCCAGACUCUUGAGAGCAUCGCCCGUGGCCGUGACCUGAAAAAGGCCGGCUUCGAGUUUUCAAAGUCCAACAUGCCCUUCUUCCGUCGCCUCAUGGUUCUCGAGAUUGCGUCGGGUUCGCUGAGUGAGAGGACUUGGGGCAACGAACAGCCCAAGUUGUAA